UUGUCUCUCUUUAAAUUUAAUGAUUUGUGCCGGUGGCUAGCAAUUAUCUUUGUAAAAUUUAGCUUUUAUAUGAUAAUUAAACAAUUUUUUAAUAAAAUUCUUAUCAUCAAACAUAUUAUUUUGCAUCUACUCAUUUUAUGUCAAAUAUAAUUGCUAAUAAUCCGUUAAUAUACAUGUAAUUUUACCAUUAAUAGCAUAAAUUAACUGUAAACUGAUAGAGUUGUAAUAGUAAAUAAAAUUACUAAAAAUUAUGAAUACGAAUUGUGGUAUUUAAUUAAUGUAUACAUUUUUAUAAGUAAUCAAAAACAUAAUUAAGAACGAUUAAAAAAACAUUUAAAAUGAUACCAGAAUUUUGUGUUUUUUAUGGUGUGCUAACAUUUUCAUGGAUCGAGUUUCUGUGGGAACAAUAUUUAACACUAAGACAGAGACGAGUGUAUAAAACAACCAAUAGUAUUCCAGAAAAGUUGGUAAAUGUGUUAGAUGUAGAAACAUUUAAUAAAGCAAAAUCUUAUGGACUUGAUAAAAAUACUUUUAAUAUUUAUGAAGAAUGGUUUAAUAUGAUAAUAUCUACUGGAUUUAUUUGUUUUAAUGGAUUUACUUUAAUAUGGAAUCUAAGCAAAAGUUGUUUGGCAAGUACAAAAUAUGAAGAUAGUGAAAUAAUGAUCAGUUGUAUUUUUCUUUUAUUCAUGAAUACUAUGGGCACAUUAAUUUCAUUUCCUAUUUCUAUCUACAACACAUUUGUUAUUGAAGAAAAGCAUGGUUUUAAUAAACAAACAGCAAGUUUUUUCAUCAAGGAUAAAAUCAAAAACUUUUUAUUGAUCCAAGUUAUUGCAUUGCCAAUAACUGCAGCUGCUAUUACUAUUGUAAAAUGGGGUGGUCGUUACUUCUUUAUCUGGCUAUGGGUAUUUGCUGUAGUCACUUCUCUUUUUAUUAUGACUAUAUAUCCAGAAUUUAUAGCUCCAUUAUUUGACAAAUAUACAGCUCUAACUGAUGGACCUUUAAAAACUAAAAUAGAAGAACUUGCUAAACAAGUUAACUUUCCACUUUAUAAAAUUUAUAUAGUUGAAGGAUCUAAACGAUCAGCUCACAGUAAUGCAUAUUUUUACGGAUUCUUCAAUAGCAAACGAAUCGUGCUUUAUGACACACUUUUGAAAAAUGAUGAAGAACUUUCUGAAAAAAAAGAGGAUAAUGAAAGCAAAACUACACCUACAGAGGAUAGUGAUUCUAAGAAAGACAAAGGAAAGGGAAUGAAUGAUGAAGAAAUCUUGGCUGUUUUAGGUCAUGAACUUGGCCAUUGGAAAUUAAAUCACAUUUUGUGCUAUAUAAUAAUUUCACAGGUGAAUUUAUUUGUCAUGCUUUUUGUUUUUGGGUGGUUGUAUGAUCAUUCUAUGUUGUAUCGAGCAUUUGGGUUUUAUGAAACUACUCAUCCAGUUAUAAUUGGAUUAGCAAUUAUAUUCCAAUAUGUAUUUUCUCCAUACAACACUGUUAUAUCUUUUGCCAUGACUACUUUAAGUAGAAAAUUAGAAUUUCAAGCAGAUGCAUUUGCCAAAAAGCUUGGUAAAGCAAAACCAUUAGAAAGUGGGUUAAUUAGAUUGAAUAAUGAUAAUUUAGGUUUCCCUGUGUAUGAUUCUUUAUAUUCGUCUUGGCAUCAUACUCAUCCUCAGCUUUUAGAACGUUUGGAAGCUAUUUCAAAGACAGACUGAAAUUUUCUUAUUUAAAAAAUGUAAUUUAAUUAAUUAAACUAAUAUGUCAUUUUUCCCUUUUUUUAUUUAAGAGUUUUUACAUUCUUCAUUUAAGUUUUGUGGUAUAAAUUUUUGCGUGAGUGUGCGCCAAUUUUCUAGUCCACAUGGCAAAGGACAACCAGGUAAUUCAAUUAAUUUAAUGUUUGAUUCUUUCCAUUCAUAGUUUUUGUUGUAUAAUAACUAAAAUUUUAAUUAAAUAUGAAUAUUACUACUA